AUGUCCGCGGGAAAUGACCAAGAGCCAACUCAUCCCCACCAGACAGAGAUCAAAGUCGAGCCAAAGACGUUACACCGAGAUCUCGAGGCCAUGGCUGGACUUUCUGCAGCCGCCAAGGACCAAAACUUGGACCACGAAUAUUCCAUCCCGAGCACAAUCAAGCUUACCUGGCUUGGGACUUAUUUCUUCUUCUCCCUGCUACUCACGCUUUACAAUAAGCUAGUGUUGGGCAUGUUUCACUUUCCCUGGCUUCUCACCUUUCUGCACGCCUCCUUCGCGAGUAUGGGCACAUACGGCAUGAUGCACAUGGGAUACUUCAAGUUGUCGCGCCUAGGCCGUCGUGAGCACCUCGCCCUCGUCGCCUUUAGUGCCCUGUUCACGGCCAAUAUCGCCGUCUCCAACCUGUCUCUGGCCACGGUGUCCGUCCCCUUCUACCAGACGAUGCGCAUGUUGUGUCCUAUGUUUACCAUCCUUAUUUACCGGUCAUGGUAUGGCAGAAUCUACAGCUACAUGACGUACCUGUCUCUUGCGCCCCUCAUUAUCGGCGCCGCCAUGACUACUGCCGGCGAAAUGACGUUUACUGACGCAGGAUUCCUUCUCACCAUCUCGGGCGUCGUUCUCGCCGCUGUCAAGACCGUCGUUACCAAUCGAUUCAUGACGGGAUCCUUGGCGCUGCCGCCUGUCGAGUUUCUGAUGCGCAUGUCCCCCCUUGCCGCGCUACAGGCUUUGGCGUGCGCCACAGCGACGGGCGAAGUAGGAGCGUUCCGCGAACUAGUCAACUCUGGGCAGGUUUCUGUUCCCACGUCGAUAGCGUCACUGACAGGCAACGGCUUCCUUGCCUUUCUCCUCAACAUUUCGUCGUUCAACACGAACAAGCUCGCCGGCGCACUGACAAUGACGGUUUGCGGUAAUCUCAAGCAGUGUCUCACAGUCUUGAUUGGCAUUUUCCUUUUCAACGUCUCGGUGGAUUUGCUCAACGGGGCGGGCAUGGCAGUCACCAUGAUUGGGGCGGGUAUUUAUAGCAAGGCCGAACUCGACAACAAGAGGGAAAGACUAGAAGCGCAAUACACUCCUGUAGAGCAAGAGUCCAGAUAG